UUCCAGACACCUCCGCCGAUAACUCGACACAUGUUCUCGGUGCUCGCGCUAGCUACACAGAUACUGGCUAAUGUCAAUCUGGCUGCACAGACCGUCGAGCCAAUUGAUCUUGCUCCCCCGCCGAAGGUCCGCCAAAUUCGUAUUCCUGGCGACAUUCUCAUUGGUGGCGUUUUCCCGGUCCACUCAAAGUCAUUAAAUGGAGAUGAGCCAUGUGGCGAAAUUGCAGAGACCAGGGGUGUGCAUCGAGUGGAAGCAAUGCUGUAUGCAUUGGAUCAGAUCAAUAUGCAAAAUGAUUUUCUUCGCGGGUACAAAUUGGGUGCAUUAAUUCUUGAUUCAUGCUCAAAUCCAGCAUACGCAUUAAACCAGAGUUUAGACUUUGUUAGGGAUAUGAUUGGGUCUUCAGAAGCGUCGGACUACGUUUGUUUAGAUGGGAGUGAUCCGAAUGUCAAAAAGCAAUCGCAAAAGAAAAAUGUGGCUGCGGUGGUUGGUGGGAGUUAUAGUUCCGUUUCAGUACAAUUGGCAAACCUUUUACGACUGUUUCGAAUUGCACAAGUCAGUCCAGCUAGUACAAAUGCAGAUUUAUCUGAUAAAAAUCGAUUCGAAUAUUUUGCGAGAACUGUCCCCUCUGAUGACUACCAAGCAAUGGCUAUGGUAGAAAUAGCUGUUCGUUUCAGAUGGUCCUAUGUAUCAUUGGUCUAUUCAGCGGAUGAGUACGGAGAAUUGGGUGCUGACGCUUUCAAAAAAGAGGCAAGAAAGAAAGGAAUCUGUAUCGCUUUAGAAGAGAGAAUUCAAAACAAAAAGGAGAGUUUCACAGAGUCGAUAAACAAUUUGGUGCAGAAACUUCAACCCGAGAAGAAUGUGGGAGCGACGGUGGUUGUCUUGUUUGUGGGCACCGAAUACAUCCCGGACAUUUUGAGAUACACAGCUGAACGAAUGAAAUUGACAUCGGGGGCAAAGAAACGUAUCAUCUGGUUGGCGUCGGAGUCGUGGGACCGAAACAACGACAAGUACACGGCGGGUGAUAACCGGCUGGCGGCUCAAGGAGCCAUUGUGUUGAUGUUGGCGUCGCAAAAGGUACCGUCGUUUGAAGAGUAUUUCAUGAGUCUUCAUCCUGGGACAGAAGCGUUUGAACGGAACAAAUGGUUAAGGGAGUUGUGGCAAGUGAAGUACAAAUGUGAAUUUGAUACAGCGCCAGGGACAACAGCUACAAGAUGUGAAGACAUCAAACAAUCCACCGAAGGGUUUAAUGCUGAUGACAAAGUUCAGUUUGUAAUUGAUGCUGUCUAUGCGAUUGCUCAUGGACUUCAGUCCAUGAAACAAUCUGUCUGUCCCGAUGAUGCAAUUGAGAACCACUGGAUUUCUCGUUACAGUAAGCAACCAGAAAUUUGCCACGCUAUGCAAAACAUAGACGGAAGUGACUUCUAUCAGAACUAUCUGCUCAAAGUGAACUUCACUGGUAAGAUGCUCCUCUUACUACAAUCUUCUUCAUUAGCAUUUCUAGACAUUGUCGGCAAACGGUUUCGAUUUUCACCACAAGGAGACGGGCCGGCUAGCUACACUAUCUUGACAUACAAGCCAAAGUCGAUGGACAAGAAGCGGAGCAUGACCGAUGACGAGAGCUCGCCUUCAGAUUAUGUAGAAAUAGGACACUGGAGUGAGAACAACCUAACAAUCUAUGAGAAAAAUUUAUGGUGGGACCCAGAUCAUACACCAGUAUCGGUUUGCUCAUUACCCUGUAAAACUGGAUUCAGGAAACAGUUGAUUAAGGAUGAGCAAUGUUGUUGGGCGUGUAGUAAAUGCGAAGAUUACGAGUAUCUUAUCAACGAAACCCACUGUGUCGCUUGUGAACAAGGAUGGUGGCCCACCCAAGACCGAAAUGGAUGUUUUGAUCUAUCUCUGUCCCAGCUGAAGUACAUGCGAUGGAGAUCAAUGUACUCAUUGGUGCCAACAAUUUUAGCGGUUGUCGGAAUCAUAGCCACACUAUUUGUGAUCGCGGUUUAUGUGAUAUACAACGAAACGCCAGUUGUAAAAGCUUCUGGUCGAGAGCUCAGCUACAUUCUACUCAUUUCUAUGAUUAUGUGUUACUGCAUGACAUUUGUUCUACUCUCAAAGCCUAGUGCAAUUGUUUGUGCCAUCAAACGAACUGGAAUCGGAUUCGCAUUUUCUUGCCUUUACUCCGCCAUGUUUGUAAAAACGAACCGGAUUUUCCGAAUAUUCAGCACUCGUACUGCUCAACGUCCAAGAUUCAUAUCUCCCAUCUCUCAGGUUGUCAUGACUGCUAUGCUCGCUGGCGUACAAUUGAUCGGAAGUCUUAUUUGGUUGUUUGUAGUGCCACCAGGCUGGAGGCAUCACUACCCAACUAGGGAUCAGGUAGUUCUUACUUGCAAUGUUCCGGAUCAUCACUUCCUUUACUCACUUGCCUAUGACGGUGGUUUGAUUGUUCUAUGUACGAUCUAUGCGGUGAAGACACGAAAAGUUCCCGAAAACUUCAACGAAACUAAAUUCAUUGGAUUCUCCAUGUACACCACAUGCGUCGUCUGGCUCAGUUGGAUUUUCUUCUUCUUCGGAACCAAUAGCGAUUUCCAGAUCCAAACGUCAUCUCUGUGCAUUUCAAUUUCCAUGUCGGCAAAUGUGGCAUUAGCAUGCAUCUUCUCGCCAAAGCUCUGGAUCAUUUUGUUCGAAAAACACAAAAAUGUCAGAAAACAAGAGGGAGAGAGCAUGCUAAACAAAAGUAGCCGAUCCCUUGGAAACUGUAGCUCACGUUUGUGCGCCAACAGUAUCGAUGAGCCCAACCAAUACACCGCGCUGCUCACCGACAGUACUCGCCGACGAUCAUCACGAAAGACUUCUCAACCAACGAGCACCUCAUCGGCUCAAGACACCUACCUAUGA